AUGACUAAUCUGUUUAGAGAGCUACCAAACGUAACUGUGUUCUUAGAUGAUAUCCUGAUUUCAAAUACUACUAGAAUAGACCACGAAAAAAGCAUAGAAAAAGUCUUUAAAAUAUUAAAGGAAAAUGGGUUAAAGAUAAAGAAACAGAAGUGUGAAUUUUUUUCUCACCAAGUAAAAUAUUUAGGUUACGUAAUAGAUAGGGACGGUGUGCGAGUAGAUCCAAGUAAACUGGAACCAAUAAUCCAGAUGACAACACCUACAACCGUGUCGGAAUUGAAAUCUUUUCUAGGAAUGGUCAAUUUUUACGGUAAAUUCAUUAAAAAUUUAAGCGUUUAUCUGGCUCCUCUGUUUGACUUGUUAAAGAAAAAUAACAGAUGGUCAUGGGGUAGUACCGAGCAAAGAGUUUUUGAAAAGGUGAAGGGCCUGUUGAAAAGCGCGGGCGUGCUGGCACACUACGACGCGUCGCGCGCCGCGGUGCUGACGUGCGACGCCGGCCCGCGCGGGCUGGGCGCCGUGCUGGCGCAGCGCGCCGCCGACGGCCGCGAGCGCGUCGUGGCCUACGCCUCGCGCGCGCUCACCCCAGCGGAGCUCAAUUAUAGCCAAAUCCACAAGGAAGCCUUGGCCAUAGUAUUCGCGGUGAAGAAAUUUCACCAAUAUCUUUAUGGUAGGAAAUUUACACUUCGGACCGACCAUAAACCGCUCGUGAGCAUAUUCGGUCCGAAUUUAGGCAUACCUAACAUGACAGCGAGUAGAUUACAACGGUGGGCCAUUAUUUUAUCAGCUUAUGACUUUUCCAUAGAGUACAUUAAAUCAGAGGAGAAUACGGCGGACGCACUUUCACGUUUAAUAGCCGCACACAAGGAAAGCCGUGAUAGUUCAGGGGACAGGGAUAUAGAACAAACUUAUCUACACUUUGCUACCGAGGCAUUAUUAUUGAGUAACGAAACUAUAAAAAAAGAAACGCAAAAAGACCCAUUAUUAGGUAGAAUUAUAAGUUACAUACAAGAUGGUUGGCCUGCCGAUGUUGAUAUUAAAGAACUUAAACCAUAUUUUAAUAGGAAGUCGGAACUAUACCUAGAAAUGGGUUGCAUUAUGUGGGGACAUCGUUUAGUAAUCCCUAAUGUCUGCAGAGACAAAGUAUUGAGAGAACUGCAUGACACACAUACAGGUAUAGUUAAAAUGAAAAGCCUGGCCAGGAGCUACGUGUGGUGGCCCGGACUGGACGAGGCCAUCGAGCGCCAGUGCGGCGCGUGCGGCGUGUGCGCGGCGCUGAGCGGCGCGCCGCCGGCGCACGCGCCCCGCUCGUGGCCCUGGCCCACACGCCCUUGGUCUAGGAUUCACAUAGAUUUUUUAGGGCCUAUAGCAGGUAUGAAAUUCUUGGUAAUUAUAGAUGCAACAUCUAAAUGGAUAGAAUGUUUUAAGAUGAAUCAGACCACGGCCAGUAAAGUAAUAGAAAGACUGAGAGACACUUUUGCUAGGUUUGGUUUACCAAAACAAAUAGUCAGUGACAAUGGGCCACCGUUUUCGAGUUCCGAAUUUUCACAAUUUUGUAAUAAUAAUGGAAUAGAUCAUAUAUUUACAGCUCCGUAUCAUCCUUCUUCAAAUGGAGCCGCAGAGAACGCAGUAAAAGUAUGUAAAAGAGUAAUUAAAAAAGCAAUUAUGACUCGCAUGGACGUAGACACAGCUUUGUAUAGGUUUUUAUUAAUAUAUAGGAACACCUCUCACAAUACUACGGGAGACAGUCCGGCUAAACUGUUGUUAGGUCGAAAUUUACGUACUAGACUAGACUGUCUCAAACCGGAUCGCGAGAAAAGAAUUGGAAAAUUACAAGAAAAACAAGAAAAUAGUGCGGGAGGAGUGAGUAGGGAAGUUAAGGUAGGUGAGGAAGUAUGGUUUAAAAACUAUAAUGACGAUGUACAAUGGAAAAAGGGUAAGGUCAUAGAAAAGUUAGGCGAUACCGAUUAUCGUAUCAGUUUAAAGGACGGACAAUGUAUACAUAGACAUAUUGAUCAACUAAAAAUAUGUAAGGGGUUUGGUGGAUCUGCACAGGACGAUAAAGUAACACAAAGUAAGGAACAGAGAAACCCCGGUUGGUUGUGGUUGCCGGGGGCUGGACCGGCGGAGUGCUCCGCGGCCGGCCCGGGCUCGGCCGCGCCGGCUCCGCGCCCGCCUGCCCCUCAGCUCGCUCCAAGGAGGUAUCCUCUCAGAGAGCGACACCCUCCAACACGAUAUGGCUUUGAAUAA